UUCAGUACCCGUGUAUUGCCAGAGAGGAAAGCUGGAUUACAAAAUGAAAUUGUUCUUGCUUGCUGCCUGCAUCCUUGGGAUGGCAGUCUGCGCCCCUCAGCAGAUGUACAUGGAGUUUGACAUCGUUCACGCUCCGGCUCAGGCAGAGCAUCUUAUUCCUGCUGGAGCCCCAGCUGAUUCACUGGACGUUCUGCUCCCGGUUGAUACCAAAGGAAGGCCUAUUGCAGGACUUGGCCGUGGCUUCAUUAAGCAAGACGUCUCCUGGCCGAACGUUAAAGGCACUAGAGAAGUGUACUACCCUUUCGGUUUUGACCCACCAAAACCUGCUCCUGUUGUUCCUGCUGCCCCUGUUGUACCUGUGGCCCCUGUGGCCCCUGUUGUUCCUGCAGCUCCUGCAGUUCCAGCUGCCCCUGUUCAACGCAUCGUUGCUGCUAGUAAACCAGCUGCCGAACCCAGCAGCGAUGAUGAUGAUGAGGACGAUGACUAA